AUGUCGCCCGAGAUGCGCAGCAGAGGAAGGGUCUCGACUCCCCGGGGCUUUGGGCUGCUUAUCCAAAGCGAAGCCGCCGCAGACGAAGCGUCGCCGUGGUUCAGGAUGCUGCUGCAGCUCGUGCUCCUCGCUGCUCUUGCCCUCUGUGGACGCUGCUCCCAGCAGGAUCUCAGCCAUGGGAUGCAGCGCGUGGUCGGUGGGGUGGAGGCGAAAGCGCACUCGUGGCCUUCUCAGAUCUCCCUCCAGUACUACUCCAGUGGCAGUUGGCAUCACACCUGCGGAGGGUCCCUCAUCCAGAGAAACUGGGUGCUGACAGCAGCCCACUGUGUGGACAGUAACCUGCAGCUCCGUGUCGUGGCUGGAGAGCACAACCUGGAUGGGGUUGAUGGCACUGAGCAGGUCUUCAGCCUGAAGAACAUCGUCAUCCAUCCCAACUGGAACCGCAACAACGUCGCUGCGGGCUACGACAUCGCUCUGCUCCGCCUGGCCAGCUCUGCCAACCUCAACAGCAACGUGCAGCUGGCAGUUCUGCCCCAGGAGGGAUCCAUCCUGUCCAACAACUACCCCUGCUACAUCACGGGCUGGGGCCGCACGCGCACCAAUGGGCAGAUCUCCAGUGUCCUGCUGCAAGCCUACCUGCCCGUGGUGAGCUACCAGAUCUGCUCCACGUCCUCCUACUGGGGCUCCACCGUCAAGAACACCAUGGUGUGUGCCGGCGGUGACGGCGUCCGCUCCGGCUGCCAGGGUGACUCGGGUGGCCCCCUCCACUGUGCAGUGAACGGGCAGUACCAGGUCCAUGGUGUCACCAGCUUCGUCUCCAGCCUGGGCUGCAACGUCAAGAACAAACCCACCGUCUUCACCCGUGUCUCUGCCUACAUCUCCUGGAUAAAGAGCACCAUUGCCCAGAACUGA